AUGCCUCAAGACGAGGGGAUGGAAGAUGUGCAAUAUUCUUCCACAUCAUUGGGUAAAAGACGCCCCAUAUUACGUGACGAUCAAAUAGAAACGGUCUUUCAGUCUAGCGAGGAUUCUCGCCCCUUAUGGGUAGCUUACCUAGAGAAAGCUGAGGGCAAGGCAGACCAUGAGGCGUGGAGUAAACUCAUUCGUAGUGUUCUGUCUACUCUUUCUCAGGGUCUGAACGAGGCGGGUGUGAAAGUUGUUUCACGAAGCGAGCGGGCAUCGAUCAUGGAAAACUUCGGCGAUGUUGAGCGCAGAAAAUGUCAGGAUCUGAUUACAGACGCACUCAGACAGAGCAAAUGGCACCCCUUGAUCAGAUAUGUGGAUGUGAAGCUGCGGCUCGCAGAACCUGGGGUGCCUUCUCAGACGGGUGAUGAACUACCGCCCUGGGCGUCGCACGUUGACACUGAGAUCAUCCAGGAAGCAAUUCACUCCUCCUGGAAUACAAACUAUGAGCUUAACUAUCACAAACUCCUUCUCAACAACAUUCUUGCGAUGUCUCGCACUCAGUCAUACUCUUCGACAGUAUCUAUUAUCCAAAGUUCCGGUUACGGGAAGUCUCGUAUGGUCGAUCAACUGGCUACUCUCGUAUUUACGUUGCCCUUCAAUCUCCGAGAUCCCCUCGAGACUCGAGAUCCGAGUGUUAGACAGUUGUUGACUAAAUCAUUUAAUCCCCCUCAGUCCGAUAUUUCCGAUGCCGAAGAACGAGAAUUGACGGUCCGAUAUUACCUGUUUUUCAGGCAUCUCUUCGAUUCCGUGGGGAAACGAAUCAAGGCUGAGUUGAAGGACACGACCAAUCUGCCUUGUGCAUGGCGGAGAUAUUUGGCCAGCAGCACAAGUGAGGGCGUAACCCGUCGGGAGGAGUUGUACAAGGAGGUUGUGAGCCAAGUGGAAAUGGAUUCUAGCCUUGCUGAGAUCAGAGCGGACCCGAAGUCCGGGGUGGGAGCCAAACUCCUGAAAUCUGUUAAAGUGGCAUGCGAUAAGUUGGUUCGCCUUUUUCCCCUGGAAGAUCAAGGCAGUGUACCCGAUUCCGAAGCUGUCGACGAGAAACCUGGCAUUCGGGUGUUCCUCUACUUCGAUGAGGCUCAUUCCCUCACGGACCCGUGGAUACCGCACCGAAGCCGUUACGACAAGAUGUUGUCAUGCCUUGAAGACUUGAGGACUAGGGAGAUUCCUGUUUUCACCAUCUUCCUCACUACGAGCUCCCAUUUCGAGAACCUUGCUCCAGCUCCGGGUCCCAGAAGAUCCGCUCGCAUGACAAGUGAGGACUCCCUCCUUCAGGCACCUAUUAUGGAGCUGCCUUUCGACUGCUUCCGUAAGGCUCCUGUGAUCAAGGAUUUCGACAGUCUGUCAUCUGCAGAAGUUCUCUCCUGCUGUGGACGCCCGCUAUGGUGGACCAUGUAUGAUGCUUUCAAGCAAAAUGACAAGCUUCAUAACAACAUAUUCGCCAAGAAGCUCAUGGAUUUGGCACGUGCGAAGCUUGCGGGUCUAGAAGGUGCCACUGGAGACCUCACGAAAUACACCCAAGAAGCAAAGCUAGCCGUCAUUGACAUGCGGCUACAACUCGAUUAUGAACCAGCACGCCAAGUAGCGGCAACUGCAUUGGCCCAAAUGGUAGCGUCGCAUAUGCGCACAGUAUUCUCUAUUCCAACGCAUCGUGAUUACAUGCGGUCUGGAUAUCCCUCUGAACCAUGGCUUGCGGAAGCUGCGGCGCAAGAAAUGGAAAAUUUGCACUCGCUCCAACCCGAUUUCAUCUUCAAAACGCUGGAGGAAGUAAUGAACCAAGGUAUAAUUGACAUUGGAGAGAGAGGCGAGGUCAUAGCGCGUGCUAUGAUUAUGCGGGCAUAUGACCGUGCCGUUGGAAAGUCCAGGCUUCCACCCUAUACAAGUGAUGACAAGUUUAUCAAGUUCAGUCGAGGCUGCCGUUUGAUCGACUUCAUCGGGUGUCUGUUCUCAGCAGGUGCGGCGCAGGACGUCCUUGCUAGCCUACCCAUUACUGGUGGGACCGUCAAUCUCGGCGAGCAAUUUGAGAACGCCCGAAUUCGGUUUACGCACUUUGCUAGGCUGCAUAGUGAGGAUGUCGUAUCUACCGCCGGCUGUAUAGCGGGGAUAGUGCGAUGCGCCGCUUUCGUUACCCAGCGUGGACAGCCGAGCAUCGACAUGAUGAUUCCAAUCGUGCUAAAUCCACACAAAACCCAGCCGGACCUGCUUCGAAGGGAAAAUGUAACAGCAAUGUUCAUCCAGAUCAAAAACCGUCGUACAGCAGGAAACACCGCGGGCUACAAUAUCGAUGCUCGCAAUCUAUCAUUCUUCUCUGGCGGUGAUCAACCUUAUAUAACUCUUGUAAUGGAGUUAGGAGUAUUGCCGACGGAGCUCAUUCAGCAAGAAAAGAAGAUGAAAAAAGGAGCCCCUAGCUUCCGGCCGGCAGAACCUCCUACUCCUUCACGGCUGAUGACGACCAAAGAACAGUUGCGAAAGAGCCCCCGUGCAAAGCCCGUGGAGCAUGAAUGCUACAAUAUCUUUGCCUAUGGGUGCUCCGCGACUGUGUACAAUAUGCAGCCGGGUGAAGUACAAUGCUAUUCCACCUUAUUGAGGAAAGGUGGUCUCUUUGUAGAACAUCCCCGGUGGGACGAUAAAUCCCUGGACGCCCUGCGCUGUCUGGUUCCGUUCUUGUCUAUCCGAAAUUGCGAAGAGUGGUUAGAAAAGCUUGGUGUUAUGAUUGAUGGAGAUGGGGUGACGGAGAGAGGAUUCACCAUCGAUGAGAUGGCCAGAACUGUAUUGUUAGGCGUGAAUGAUAUGUAG